UGUCAAAUCCGUCCGUCAGAAUCUUACCUCAAUUCCACCGUCGCCAUACCACUCCUCCCUUCAACUUUCGUCAUCUUAUUUCGCAACUAUCGCCGAUCCCGGAAAUCCCAACCACCCCACCGCCUCAUAAAUCUAUCUCCACGGAUUUCCCCUUUUCCAAAAUUGUUAUAGUAUUCUUUUUGUAAUUUUUUUUGCCUAACUUUUACUUAUAUAAACAGUAAUAUUAAUUCAUAAAAUAAAAAUAACAUAAUUUCUGAUCGACCCAUUUUUUUCUCUUUCAAAACACGCCCUCUAUUUCCUUCUUUUUAUAUAAUUCAAUUUUUCCUCUGUAAACUUUCUUUGAUCCUGCUUGCUCGUCUCUUUCUCCUUUUUUUUUUCUUUCUACUUUUUUUUGUUGCCGUCUUUUUUAUUUCUCAUCUCUUCAUCGUAGAAUACAAAAUCAAAAUUUGCUUUUGUAAUUCUCGGGUUCACCGCAAUGUCGAAUUCAAAUCCUGGAAACUCUUAUACGAAUGAGAAUUAGGAAUCAUCGAUUCGCCUGCUUCCUGAUUUCGACGAUAAAGUGGGAGACGAUUAGAGAUCAAUGACUUAGGCGGCAGUGAUCUCGCGGAAGCAAAGAUUUACGAUCUAAGCUUCCGAUUUUUCAUAGUAGUUGGAAAUUCGGUUGUUGUUGGUGGAUUUUGAGAGGGCAGGAAUGUCGAAGGUGGUGUACGAAGGAUGGAUGGUGAGAUAUGGACGAAGGAGGAUCGGGCGAUCCUUCAUACACAUGCGAUAUUUCGUGCUCGAAAAUCGGCUCCUGGCUUACUACAAGAGAAAGCCACAAGAUAAUCAGGUUCCAAUCAAGACCCUGUUGAUAGACGGAAACUGUAGGGUGGAGGAUCGAGGUUUGAAGACUCACCAUGGACAUAUGGUUUAUGUUUUGUCUGUUUACAGCAAGAAAGAGAAGUACCACAGAAUCACGAUGGCAGCAUUCAACAUCCAGGAAGCCCUAAUGUGGAAGGAAAAAAUGGAGUCUGUGAUUGAUCAGCAUCAAGAGUCACAAAUUUCUAAUGGCAACAAAUAUGUUUCUUUUGAAUAUAAAUCUGGGAUGGAUAAUGGGAGGACUGCUUCUUCAUCGGACCAUGAAAGGCUGUGGGCUUUAGUCAAGCUACCUGGGUGCUUUGAAGUCUUUGGAUCAAAUUCGCAUGGGUUCAGUGCCCAGGAGGAUGAAGAUGAUGCUCCUCCAAAUUUGCUUAGGAGAACAACAAUUGGAAAUGGUCCUCCAGAUUCAAUAUUCGAUUGGACACGGGAAUUUGACUCAGAAUUAUCAAAUCAAAAUGCCAACAACCAAGCUUUUUCUAGAAAACAUUGGCGCCUCCUUCAAUGUCAAAAUGGACUUCGCAUUUUUGAAGAGCUUCUUGAAGUUGAUUACCUUCCAAGGAGCUGUAGUAGGGCGAUGAAGGCUGUAGGUGUUGUGGAAGCUACUUGUGAGGAAAUAUUUGGUCUUGUAAUGAGCAUGGAUGGAACUCGAUUUGAGUGGGAUUGUAGUUUUCAAUAUGGUAGUUUAGUUGAAGAGGUAGAUGGGCAUACAGCUAUACUUUAUCACAGGCUUCAGUUGGACUGGUUCCCUAUGUUUGUAUGGCCCCGUGACCUUUGCUAUGUGCGUUAUUGGCGCCGAAAUGAUGAUGGAAGUUAUGUUGUGUUAUUUCGUUCUAGAGAGCAUGAGAAUUGUGGCCCACAACCAGGAUACGUGCGGGCUCAUGUUGAGAGUGGAGGGUUCAACAUUUCCCCUCUGAAAUCUCGAAAUGGGAAGCCUAGAACACAGGUGCAGCAUCUCAUGCAGAUUGAUUUAAAAGGAUGGGGUGUGGGUUAUAUUUCAUCAUUUCAGCAACACUGUCUUCUUCAGAUGUUAAAUAGUGUUGCUGGAUUGCGUGAAUGGUUUGCCCAAACAGAUGAAAGAGGUGCUCCUCCUAGAAUCCCAGUUAUGGUCAAUAUGGCUUCAUCUUCAGUUUCCUCAAAGAAGACUCAAAAGAUAGAUGAGUUAUCUGUUCCCCCUGCCCCUUCUCUUGAUCAAACAAACUCUGCUAGCAGAAACUCUGUGUUGAUGGAUGAAUACUCUGAUGAGGAUGAAGAACAAAUGCCUGAGGCAGAACAAGAGGCAUAUCCAACUAAAAGCGACAAUGAUCUCAAGAGAACAGCCCUGGAAGAAGAACCAAUUGAGAAAAUUGAUUUGUCAUGCUUUUCUGGUAAUCUACGACGUGAUGACCGUGAUAAUUCUCGUGACUGCUGGAGAAUAGCAGAUGGUAACAAUUUCAGAGUCCGUAGCAAGCAUUUUUGUUACAACAAAACAAAGAUUCCUGCAGGGAAGCACUUAAUGGAUCUUGUUGCUGUUGAUUGGUUUAAAGACACAAAACGAAUGGAUCAUGUCGUUAGGCGUCAAGGCUGUGCUGCUCAAAUUGCUUCAGAAAAGGGGCUUUUCUCUUUGGUUUUUAAUUUUCAAGUUCCUGGCUCAACACACUAUAGUAUGGUAUUCUAUUUUGUGACAAGGGAAUUAGUACCCAGUUCCCUUUUGCAUCGAUUUGUUGAUGGUGACGAUGAAUUUCGCAAUAGUAGGCUGAAGCUUAUUCCGUCAGUGCCAAAGGGAUCAUGGAUUGUGCGACAGAGUGUUGGGAGCACCCCUUGUUUGUUAGGAAAAGCAGUUGAUUGCAAUUAUAUCCGUGGUCACAAGUACUUAGAAGUUGAUAUCGACAUAGGUUCUUCUACGGUUGCUAAUGGAGUUUUGGGGCUUGUCAUUGGUGUAAUUACGACAUUGGUGGUUGACAUGGCUUUCCUUGUGCAGGCAAAUACAACGGAUGAGCUGCCAGAGCGGCUAAUUGGUGCAGUCCGAGUUUCACAUAUAGAGCUAUCAUCUGCCAUAGUUCCAAAGCUUGAGGCCGAUCCAUCAUGAUUGUUUUGACCACAACUGAUUUUAUACGAAUAAUUUGUUCUGAUAUUCAUAUUUUCAUUUGCAUUUUCUCGUCAUUUACCAUUUAGAGGAAGAUCCUUCACUUUUUCCAAAUAGGAUUUUCAGGAAAAAGUAGUGGAAGGAAAAUGAAAAUUUUUACUUCGGCAAGCUCGUUAGUUCCAUUUCUCUGGCUAGCUAUGUGUUAAGGGAAAAUAAAUCCUAUCAUGGAAGAAAUCAAGAGGGUGAGAAGGAUGAUGGGGCUUUUAUUUUCAUCUUUAUAUGUAAUUAUAUAUAAAAAAAUCUAUAGUAAAUGUAGACGCGUUAUCAUUUUGCGGUAUGUCAUCUCAUGGCAGCAUUUCAUUGCAAACUUUCUGUUCUUUUGAUUUGAGAACUACAAACUAGAGGGUAGAAAAUAGAAAAUAAAACCAAAGAAAGAGAGAGGACAGAGAAUCAUUGCAGAAGGUUUAGUCAGGUCUAAGUUUACGUCGAGCAUCAAAUUCGAGACAAAUGGUUGAGUUCCGUUGAAACAGUUAUAAUCCCUAUCGAAUACGUGAGAAUCAUAACCAACUAGGUGCUAUGUGAUAUGACAGCGAUAGAUUACCUUGGCUUGUUUGGAAAUUGGGUAUACGAAAUGAAUGCUUGGUGAAUGAUGAAAUGCUCAAUGUUCAUAGCCUCUUUUGAA